CAAUUUGAUUCUAUUUGAAAUUUAGGAGCUUACAAUAAAAAAUCGCAAGGGAAAAACUGAAAAAACGAAAGAGAAAUUGCAAUUGAAAGAUGAAAACGAAAUAGAGAAGAUUUCCAUGGUGAUGAAGUUGAAGGGGUAACGAUACAGGCUUCUGCGACUCCUUCUAUUGCGAUUUCCAGGGUUUUCUAAUUACCCUUCGAUAAUGGAGAACUCAGCAUCCAUUGACAAAAUCAGCGAUUUACCUGAUGAGGUAUUGUGUCACAUACUCUCUUUUCUCCCAAUCAAACAAGCUUUCUCCACAUCCUUUCUCUCCAAAAGGUGGGCCCCACUCUUUAAAUUACUCACAUCUCUCCACUUCGACGAUGAAUCCGUUGGUGACGAAGAGAAUUUCCUUCGCUUCCGCCAACUCGUGGACACAGUCACCCUCUCCACCCAAAUCAUCAAAACAUUUCACCUCAAGUGUCGUUCUAAACAUUGGCGUGACGACCGUUACAAUGUGGACCGUUGGAUCGAAACUGCAAAGCAACAUCCUGUGGAGAAUUUCCAACUCAUUAGUAGGUUUAACUGUAUCUCCUUGCCGCCUAAUAUUUUCAGAUUUUCAACGCUUGUUGUUCUCAAGUUGAUGAGUGUAAAGGUGGUUGGUGAUAUCUCUGCCGAUCUUCCCUCGCUUCAGACCCUUCAAUUGAAUGAUGUUUGUUUCGAAAAUAAGGAAUGUUUUAACAAGCUUCUUUUUGGGUGUCCCAUUUUAAGGACUUUGCGUACUUCCAUUUACUAUAUAAAAAAAGAAGAAGAUGAGGGUGUUAGGCUUAGUACAGAAUGGUUUCAAUCCUUAUCCAACUUGAACACUGCUGAUAUCGAUAUUGAUGCAUUCGAUGUUCCGUUUAGAGUAAUCUCUAAUGUCAAGAUUUUAAUGCUCACGGUGAAGAACAGGCUUCCAGAGAUCAAUUCCUAUUAUGGAGGCUUUCCUGUAUUUCAAAACUUAACCGACCUUAACUUAUGCUUUUAUAAAUUUAAUCACUGGAAUGAUGUUAUAGAAGUUCUCCAGUAUUGCCCCAAGCUUCAAAUCCUUUCUAUUUUUAAGUUGGCUGUCAAAAAACAUCUGUCCAUAAACUGGAAAUACCCAAGUUCUGUUCCCGAAUGCAUUGCCUCUCACCUCAUAUCAUGUACUAUAAACUAUGAAGGUUGGAAAGGUGAACUUGAAUUUUCAAAAUAUAUUUUACAGAAUGCUCAACUUUUAGAGAUGAUGAAGGUCAACAUUGGGCAUUCCUCUUAUUCAAGGCUAAAUCGGGAUCCUUCAGAAGAGCUAACCUCGUGUCCAAUUAUUUCCCCCAAAUGUAUACUUGUUGUAGACUAGAGACGAUGAAGGUUACCUUAUAUUUUCUUCUAGUUGGAGUAUAUUUGAAUGAGUACUUUUAUGUAGGAGUGGAUUUUCAACUGCAUUUUCAUGAAUUUCAUAACAAAGUAGAAGAGCUUGUUUGCUGAUAAAUUCAUGUUUGGAUUG